GGAGGCGCGCGCGGGAACCCGCCUAGCCCUCGGCCAAGGGGUGUCGACGGCCGUGGACGGGGGACGCAGGAUGUUGGGAGUCUGGGGUAUGGAGCGAGAACACCAGGAAGCUCUGAAGAAGAACCGAGUUGUGUUGGCCAAGCAGUUGCUGCUUAGUGAACUCUUAGAGCACCUCUUGGAGAAGGACAUUAUCACCCUAGAGAUGAGAGAACUUAUCCAGGCCAAAGUGGGCAGUUUUAGCCAGAAUGUGGAAUUCCUUAACUUGCUGCCCAAGAGGGGUCCCCAUGCUUUUGAAGCCUUCUGUGAUGCCUUACGGGAAACCAAGCAAGGGCACUUAGAGGAUCUGUUGCAUAGAACCCUUUACAGCUUUCAGAAUCUACCACCACCGUUGGGCUGUGACUAUGACUCAAGUCUCCCUCUCCCAGUGUGUGAAUCCUGUUCCCCUCACAAGCAACUCCGCCUGUCUGUAGAGACCAUGGAACAUUCUUUGGACAAUGGAGAUGGACCUCCCAGCCUCCAGGUGAAACCCUGUACUCCAGAGUUUUAUCAAACACACCACCAUUUGGCUUACAGAUUGCAGUCUCAACCUCGUGGCCUAGCAUUGGUGCUGAGCAAUGUGCACUUCAAUGGGGAGAAAGACUUAGAGUUCCGAUCUGGUGGGGAUGUGGACCACAGUUCCCUGGUGACCCUCUUCAAGCUCUUAGAUUAUGAUGUUCAUGUCUUGCGUGACCAGACUGCACAGGAGAUGCAGGAGAAACUCCAGAGGUUUGCACAGCUGUCAGCUCACCAGAGCACAGAUUCCUGUAUGGUUGCACUCCUCUCUCAUGGCAUAGAAGGUGGCAUCUAUGGUGUAGAUGGCAAGCUGCUCCAGCUUCAAGAGGUUUUUCGACUCUUUGACAAUGCCAACUGCCCAAACCUGCAGAACAAGCCCAAGAUGUUUUUUAUCCAGGCUUGUCGUGGAGAUGAGACAGACCGAGGGGUAGACCUUCGAGAUGGGAAAGAGCAUGUGGCUUCUCCAGGGUGUGAGGAAAGUGAUGCUGGCAAAGAAAAGAUACUGAAAAUGCGACUGCCCACACGCUCUGACAUGAUCUGUGGCUAUGCGUGCCUCAAAGGCACAGCUGCCAUGCGCAACACCAAGCGGGGAUCCUGGUACAUUGAGGCCCUGACCCAAGUAUUCUCUGAGAGGGCUCGAGAUAUGCAUGUGGCAGACAUGCUGGUUAAGGUUAAUGCACUUAUCAAGGAUCGAGAAGGCUAUGCUCCUGGUACAGAGUUUCAUCGAUGUAAGGAGAUGUCUGAGUACUCCAGCACCCUCUGUCGCCACCUCUACUUAUUCCCAGGACAUUCCCCUACACGAUGAGCUCCCAUCUUCUCAAACAACCCCGAGUGAGACCACAGGAGGCAUGAAUGAACUGUCCCUCUUCAGAAUGGACCAUUUUGUCCUCCCCCUCAGGGAUAAUGGGACUCUCCCAGGCUUGUUUUAUAUACCUUUUAUUUUCCACUUUGAAGAUGGGACCUGCAGGCCAGCUCCUCUUGGGUAUGAAACUAGAGCCAUUUCUUGGCAGUUCCUGGUCAGUCACUGCCAGGAGGAGUGCUUAGGGUACUCAAUAAGGGAGUCUGGCAGGUAGUUCUAGAACACACUUCUAUAUGGUGUAAGAGGUAUGUGAGCUUCACUCCUAAGUACUAAUAUUGAAUACCCUACCAAGCCCCAGCCCUAGCCUCUUGUGGGUAUUGAUUUUACCACCAGGGUUAUUGUGAAUAGCACUUUGAUCAUUGUCUCUGUUACAUGAGUUAAGCCAUUUUGAUGAUCUUCCCCACCUUUUAUCCUGACUGUUUUCAAACACUAUUUCCCUUGCCAUUCAGGGAUAUUUUGGGUGAUGUCCUUUACUACUUAAUUCAGUACUUUAAAAAUCUGUUAUUUCUUUAGUAUGAGUGCUCACUCUUUCCACUGUCACAUUAUGAAGCCCCUCCAUGAUUUAGUAAGUGGCAGUCCAA